ACACUAUUGUGACGCAUCGAUCGAGAAGGAACUGUCAUAUUUUCUCAGCAGCCACACGAAGUGAAGAAAAUAUUGCUGCUAAUUCUUGGUCGUAAAAAACUUAAUAAACGCUAUUUCUAAAAGUUUAAUGUAUUGUAAGUAGAUUCUACUACUUGGUAGAAAUCUUAAGCAACCAAUACGGUUCGGACAAAUUCAAUUUAUUGGUGUUAGCUAGCCAGGUAAAAACCACUCCCAACAGCACAGGAGUGGGCACGCCAAAAGGGAAACAGCGAAAUUUAACAUAUCGACAUUUUCCAUCGCAAUCAUUUAAAUAACAUGAACAGUUUUGCAAAUCAUUGUAUUAUUAUGAAUUUAAUUUAGUAUUACAGGUACCGGUAUUCCUACGUUAAUUACGUGAAUAUCCUUAAUAUGUGCAAUUGUACAUAUGAAGGCCAAAUUUAACCUUAACGCGGUUCUUUUCGUUUCGUACAAAAUUUGAUUGUUUCGUUUAAAGUGCAAAUUUGGAUAAUUAGAAAAAUUGUGUCUACAAAAUGAAUACGAAUUAUAUUUCGCGUGCUUUGUGUUUCCACGGCCAACCCAUGCAAAAAAUUUGGGAUGACGAACGCGGUGCAGGAGACAUACAACGCUGCGGUGUACCCGCUCAUCCUGACUACUCCAUCUACCAGGAAAGGCAGAAACAUUUUACAUUUCAAGAUCGCGCUAAGCGUUUAAAGUUGCAUCAAUUUUUUGCACGUAAAGCGACAGAUUUAUACGAUUCAGAGCUGACCAGUACGGUUGUGGAACCAAAUAAAAUUAUUGAAAAUGAACAAUAUAUAGCUUCGCUACCACCGUACGAACUCUUCGUCAACAGGAAUAAGGAUAAACAAAAACGUUGUCGUUGUAUAUUGAAAAACAUUAAUUCAGGUGAUAUUAUAUAUUGCAUGGCGACAAAGCCUACCACUAAUAUGGUCAAACCUCUCUGCACGGGCGAGCCUAUGGUACGCUACUUGAAUGACCUACCAAUCAAGGCUUACUUAACGAAAAGCGAAUUGGAUGGUAAUGGUAAACCGCGAGUUUUCAAUAAAAACGACAUAGUUCGUUGUGAAGUAUUGGAAAUAUCUGUAGAUGCCGAACGCAUUUACUUAACUCUGGAAAGCAUGAAUGAAAAAAAUAAAAAUAUCACACUUGGUGUUAUAACGUAUGAAGAGCUGCCAAAAUACUAUCGCAAUAUUGAUGAAAAUAAGUUGGAAAAAUUUGAGGAUUAUAUGCUUAAAUCCAAGGAAUUCUUGAAUCCGAAUUAUGAUAUGCUUUAUGAAAUCAACGGCUUAGAUGUGAAUGAAACCUACACUUUCAUGACUUCAUUAAAACAUCAAUUUCCGCGAGACGAAUAUGCCAAGGAAUUGCGUCGCACCCAAGCGAGCAAAUGGGCUUUCCACUCGGUUGCCGAAGGCAUUGAACAUUUCAAGAAUGGAAAUCACGUUGAAGCUUUUCAAUGCCUUAACAAAGCGCUCACCAUAGAUCCGCGCAAUGUAGAAGGUUUAGUUGCGCGCGGUGCACUUUACGCCAACAAGGGCUCAUUUUUGAAAGCCGUAGAUGAUUUCGAAAAAGCACUUAAACUUAAUACUUAUCAUGUAAAUGCGCGUAAAUAUAUGGGCGAAACUCUGGUGGCGCUUGGGCGUCGCUAUGAGGAUGAAAAUCGCAUAAAAGAUGCAACUAAAGCAUACCAAGAUUGUUUAAAUAUUAUACCGAAUCACGAGCAAGCGCGCUUAUCGCUCGAAGCAAUUCAACAGCGCACCGGUAGUCAAUAUAUUGAGAAUUUAACACAACUACAAGGUGAAGAAGAAGACACUUUAGAAAGGGAAAAAAUGUCAGUACCAAAUUCAUCAAGUGACGAUGGCUCAACGUCCAGUGAUAGCGGUUCAGAAACUGAGCACACAGAUAACGAGGAUAAUGGAAAGGAAUGCUCAAUGUCACCGCUUAGUAAGCGCAUGGCUUUGCAUGUGGCCAGCUUACAGAAAGAGGAGCAGUCAAAGAAACAACUGAAUCAACCAUUUUACAUGACAGCAUAUAAUCUACCGCCUGACAUACCAGACGAAACGAAUAUUAAUGAAUUUCGGCUGGAUGACGACGAUACCGGUUCACGCGUGCGCAAAUUAUUGCAGGAAGCAUCGAAACACAAAAAGGAAAAAAAGAAAAUUAAAAAGAAAAAGAGCAAAAAGACGAAAAAAGUUAGUCGCAAAGAAAAAAAUGCUACCAAUAUAUUGAACAAAAUUAAUUUCCAGGAAGCUUACAAAGCAAUCAGCAGCAUGAACAUCGAAAAUAAGCUUACUGAAAAUUUGCAAAAGUAUGAAAAAACUAUCGCUGACAUUAAGAAACGACAGCACGAGUUGGUACAAUCCAUAGAAGCUGGUAUGACCGAACGCAAACGUUCUGUAACACCGCCUCGUGCACCCUCAAUGCGUUUGCCAAAACACUCAACAUCGAACUAUCCCGCUACUUCAUCCUAUUAUGCGUCUUAUCCGAGUACUUCGGCCGCCGCCGCUGCUGCUGCUGCUGCAUCGUCAUCAAAUGAACGCACAAAAUUUUCAUUUCAAAUCAAACGACCCGUUAAAGUGGAUAAAUUUGGAUUGUUACGCGUUGCAACACCAUUGGCGCAACGAAGUCCUUCACCGCGUUCCCGUUCACGCACACGUACACCAUCACGAGAACGUCGUCGAUACAGCCGAAGUCGCAGCCGCAGUCGUAACCGCAGCCGUUAUCGUUCACGUUCGUGCGAUCGUUGGAGUCGUCGACGUUCCCGCUCUUACUCCAUUACGCAUAGUGGCGGGCGACGACGCGGGUCACGUAGCAGACGCUCUUCGCGCACCUGUUCACCAUAUCGCCGUUCACGCUCCCGUACGCCACGUCGCACACGUUCGCGUUCACGUUCACACUCGCGUUCGCGCACUGUGCGCAGAGGACGUGAAUCGUCUUACGGUAGACGCGAUUAUCCGCGAAUUGUUAGUAGAGGUAUUAGACCCUCACCACCAACACGUCAUGUUAACCCCAAGCCAGGUAAGUCAUGGCCAAGGCGUGGCGGAAGUGGAGCAACGCGCGGUGGUGCAUUUGGAAAUCGUGUAUGGCGACGCGAAGAUGCAGUCGAAGGCCGAGAGUCGAAUGGACGUUGGCUACACGACAAAUAUGAGGGAAGUAGUGAAACAAGCAAAGUCGAUGAUGGGCCAUCAAUAGAGGAAAUCGAUGAAAUUAUCAAUAGGGCACAAAAGGAGCGUAAACAGGAAAUCAUACAACGCGAUAAGGAUAUAUUAAAGAAGCCGACUGGGGGACAGUUUUAAGCUUGUGUUAUAAUAUAAAUGUAAACCUAAAUAAAGAUAUAUAUAUACAUACAUAAAUACAUAGGAACAUAUGUAUGUAAAAUGCAUGCUCAUAAUUUCCUAUCACACAAUUAGCUUAAUGUUCCCACGCGUUCCUUUUAUUUUCUUAUUUCAUACAAUAUUUUAUCAUAUAAAAGUCUUGUGGAAUAGAGCGGAAUAAAAUAAAGUUUAAAUUAAACAUAAUAUCAAUACAAUUGUGGCGUAUUUUUUUAAUUAAGAAUUUAUAAUACUUAAAAAUAGACAUUUUAGUCUUCAAAACGAUUAAGUACGAUAAAUGUUAAAUAUAGAUUAAUUUAGCUUAAAACUCUUAUGGGAGUGCUUGAAAUCACGGAGAUUUCUUCCUUUGAAGAUACAGAUCCGAGGAUUUAACUGGUUGUUUGUCAUCGUGCCGAGCAAGUGCUCUGGCAUCUAAUAAGUGAGAAUUAUAAAAACUUCUGUCGAAAAUUUAAUACAGAUAGCACCUAAUUUUAUAGUGGUCUGUAUGAAUUCUCAUUUAGUAGUUCUAUUUUUAAAUAGGGAUGUGGGUGCCACUCAAUCUCUUCAACCAUGGAUAAUUUGGACAUCUUAUAGACAGAAUUCACAUAAAUAUAUGAAUAUCGUUUUCCAUAAUUAAUAAUAAUAAUAUUUGCAAUAGCUACUAUUUAUGUAACUAAUUUAAUGCCAUUAAAAUUUGUUUUCCCAAUGAGCAAAAAUAACAAAGUGCUAAAAAUGGCAUAUUCUAACCACACGUUUGCUAGUGUGUGUGCUAAUUAAAAUCAACAGCUAGCUAAUUAGUUCUAAAAUGAAAUAUGGAAAAAAGCGUGCCGAUUUAUUAAAUAAAUAUUUUGUUUUUGAUGCAUUUCAAUGUGAUUUAUCGAAAGAAAACAAAUAAUUAUUGUUUGUUGACGUUGGUCUUCGGUUGCCAUUAUUAUCGUAACAUAUAGCAAAAUAUUUGCUCAAAUGGUUAUUGUGAUAGUUAAAAAUGCAUUAUGGGAUAUCGCUGAAGCUAUGGACUUAUUGAUUUGGACCGGGGACAUUCAAGAAAAAUAAAUUCGCUCCAUAUUAGCUGGAACAACUAUUCGGUGUCUUUUUCAAGAUUUGCCGCAUGAUGAAGAAUCUUGGAAAAGACCCGCGAAAAGAGGAUCGACACACACCAUAUCUUUGUCGAUUUUAAAGCAAUUUUCGACAGCAAGAAAAGGAGUUGCCUUUAUGCCGCUUUGUCUGAAUUUGGUAUCCCUACAAAACUAACACGACUAUGUAGGCUGACGUUGAGCAACACCAAAAGCUCCGUCAGGAUCGGGAAGCCGUUCAAUACCAAACGAGGUUUCAGACAGGAUGACUCAUUGGAAACAUUGAUUUUUCCAGACUGAAUUGGGAAGCGAAGCGAAGCGAAUGGGUCUGGAGGUGAAUGAGGACAAGACGAAAUAUCUCCUGUCAGCGCAUUCGCGUAUCUUGGAACCAGUAUUAACAGCAAUAACAAUGUCAGCCUGGAAAUCCAACGCAGAAUCACUCUUGCCAACUGGCGCUACUUUGGGCUGAGUAAGCAAUUGAAAAGUAAAGUCCUCUCUCGACGAACAAAAACCAAACUCUACAAGUCCCUCAUCGUCCCGUCCUACUUUAUGGUGCAGAAGCGUGGACGAUGUCAACUUCCGAUGAGAUGGCACUAGGAGUUUUCGAAAGGAAGGUUUUGCGGAAGAUUUAUGGUCCCUUAAACAUUGGCAACGGCGAAUACCGCAGACGAUGGAAUGAUGAGCUGUAUGUGUUAUUCGAUGACAUAGACAUAGUUCAGCGAAUAAAGAGACAGCGGCUACUCUGGCUAGAUCAUGUUGUUCGAAUGAACGAUAGUGAUCCAGCUCUGAAAGUGUUCGAUGCAGUAACCGCUGGUGAAAGCCGAGGAAGAGGGAGACCUCCACUCCGUUGGAAAGACCAGGUGGAGAAGGACCUGGCUUCACUUGGUAUUACCAAAUGGCGCCAAACUGCCAAAAGGAGAAAUGCGUGGAGCGCUGUUGUGGACUCGGCUAUAUCCGUAAGCGGUGCCUACGCCAGCCAAGAAGAACUAUUUGAAGUCUACUCUUUUCUUUAGAAUCCCAUUUAGCCAUAAGGGUUCCUCGACUUACACAAAUUAUUAAGAAGAAGUUGAAAAUAUCUAUGUGAACACUUUUUUGGACCAUAACACAACUAUAUAACAAUCAUUACAAUCGUAACCACCGCAGUCGAGUACGCGAUACCGGAACGGAGUCGGAUUUUUGUGCGGCCAAAGACUGUCAACUCCAACAACCAUAACAAAGGUAUCGAUAUAAACAAAUUAGAGAUACCGGACUUAUUGUAACUGCUUUCUUGAUGGAGAGCCGUUAUAUAGCAUUUGUCUUUUUGUCAAGUUCAUUUCAAGGUUGUAGAAGUUUUAAGAAGCUCCUGAAAGUCAGAUCAAACAGCCGAUAGAAAUUCUCGAAUCUUACGAAAGCAAAAUGCCAAUGAAAGAUAUCAGAAUAUAAUCGUUUAUUAAAUAAAAUAAAACUCGUUUUUUUAAUAAAUACCUUUUAAAUUCCAUAACUAACGUUUAUUUACUUUCCACUAAAGUUUAACAGUGCACAAGUUUGACAUUUAUUUCCAACCGGAAGCCGCUUAUUGUA